AUGCCCAAGAUAGCUCUGAAUGGUGUGACAGUGGAUUUCCCUUUCCAGCCAUACAGAUGCCAGGAGGAGUACAUGGGCAAGGUCCUGGAGUGUCUGCAGAAGAAAGUAAACGGCAUCCUGGAGAGCCCCACCGGCACGGGAAAGACGUUGUGCCUCCUGUGCACCACGCUGGCCUGGCGGGAGCACCUCCGCGACGCCAUCUCUGCCCGCAAGAUUGCCGAGAGGGCCCAAGGGGAGCUUUUCCCUGAUCGCACCUUAUCAUCCUGGGGACUUGCGACUUCAGAUGGAGACACCACAGCUUGCUACACGGACAUCCCGAAGAUCAUUUAUGCCUCCAGGACCCACUCACAGCUCACUCAGGUCAUCAGUGAGCUUCGGAACACCUCCUAUCGGCCUAGGGUAUGUGUGCUGGGCUCCCGGGAACAGCUGUGUAUCCACCCCGAGGUGAAGAAGCAGGAAAGUAACCAUAUGCAGAUUCAUUUGUGCCGAAAGAAGGUAGCAAGUCGUUCCUGUCAUUUCUACAACAAUGUAGAAGAGAAGAGCCUACAGCGGGAGCUGGCUACCCCGAUCCUGGACAUCGAGGACCUGGUCAGAAGUGGGAGUAAGCACAGACUGUGCCCGUACUACCUUUCUCGGAACCUGAAGCAGCAGGCUGACAUCAUCUUCAUGCCUUACAACUACUUGUUGGACGCCAAGAGUCGCCGGGCACACGGCAUUGACCUGAAGGGGACAGUUGUGAUUUUCGACGAAGCUCACAAUGUGGAGAAGAUGUGCGAGGAGACGGCAUCCUUUGACCUGACUCCGCAUGACUUGGCUUCUGGACUGGACGUCAUCGACCAGGUUCUGGAGGAGCAGACCAAGGCGGCACAGCAGGACGGGCUCCGCUUGGAGUUCAGUGCGGACUCUGCCAACUCAGGGCUGCACAUGGAGCUGGAAGACAUUGCAAAGCUUAAGAUGAUCCUGCUUCGCCUGGAGGGGGCCAUCGAUGCUGUCGAGCUGCCUGGGGACCACAGCGGUGUCACCAAGCCAGGGAGCUACAUCUUCGAGCUGUUUGCCGAGGCCCAGAUAACGUUUCAGACCAAAGGCUGCAUCCUCGACUCCCUGGACCAGAUCAUCCAGCACCUGGCAGGACGCACAGGGCCAUUCACCAACACAGCAGGCUUGCAGAAACUCUCGGACAUCAUCCAGAUUGUGUUCAGUGCAGACCCCGCUGAGGGCACGCCCGGUUCCAUGGUGGGGCUUGGGGUCUCUCAGUCCUACAAGGUACAUAUCCAUCCUGAUGCCGGUCACCAGAGGAAGGCUCAGCGGUCAGACGCCUGGAACACCACGGCAGCCAGAAAGCAAGGGAAGGUACUGAGCUACUGGUGCUUCAGUCCCGGCCACAGCAUGCAAGAGCUGGUCCGCCAGGGCGUCCGCACCAUCAUCCUCACCAGCGGCACACUGGCUCCCGUGUCCUCCUUUGCCCUGGAGAUGCAGAUCCCUUUCCCCGUCUGCCUAGAGAACCCACACGUCAUCGACAAACAGCAGAUCUGGGUGGGGAUUGUCCCCAAAGGCCCCGAUGGAGCCCAGCUGAGCUCUGCCUUUGACAAACGGUUUUCUGAUGCAUGCUUGUCCUCCCUGGGUAAGGCGCUAGGCAACAUCGCCCGCGUGGUCCCCCAUGGGCUCCUGGUCUUCUUCCCUUCUUACCCCGUCAUGGAGAAAAGCCUGGAGUUCUGGCGGGCCCAUGACUUUGCCAGGAAGCUGGAGGCCCUGAAGCCUGUGUUUGUGGAGCCAAGGAGCAAAGGUGGCUUCUCAGAGGUGGUGGACGCCUACUAUACACGAGUCGCCUCCCCUGGGUCUAGUGGGGCCUCUUUCCUGGCCGUGUGCCGGGGGAAGGCCAGCGAGGGCCUGGACUUCGCGGACAUGAACGGCCGAGGUGUGAUUGUCACGGGCCUGCCGUACCCUCCACGGAUGGACCCCCGGGUUGUCCUCAAGAUGCAGUUCCUAGACGAGCUGAAGGGCCGUAGUGGGCCUGGAGGCCAGCUCCUCUCUGGGCACGAGUGGUACCGGCAGCAGGCGUCCAGGGCUGUGAACCAGGCCAUCGGACGGGUGAUCCGGCAUCGCCAGGACUACGGGGCUGUCUUCUUGUGUGACCACAGGUUCACCCAUGCGGACGCCAGAGCCCAGCUGCCUUCCUGGGUGCGCCCCCACGUCAAGGUGUAUGACAGCUUUGGCCACGUCAUUCGGGAUGUGGCCCAGUUUUUCCGUGUUGCUCAGAAAACUAUGCCUGUGCCAGCCCCCCUGGUUGCUGCCCCAAGUCUGGCUGAGGGAGAAGGUGCUGUCUUGGUGGCUGUGUCGCCUGGCCUCCUCUCCACCAGGAAAGCCAAGAGUCUGGACGUGCACGUCCCCAGCCUGAGGUGGAGACCUGCAGGAUCGCCAGCCGUCAGGGACGCCGAGAGCAGCCUGUGUGUGGAGUACGGGCAGGAGCCAGGCCUCACCCAGCGGAGGCCUGUGGGACUGCUGGCCGCCCUCGAGCACAAUGAGCAGCUGGCCGGGGGACCUGGGCACAAGGCCUCCCCUGGGGAGGAGGAGGCACAAGGCCUCUCCACCGUGCCCCUCCCACGUGAGAAGAGGCGUGCCCAGGAGCAGAGAGCAGGGCGGAGGAAGAUCAGGGUGGUCGGUGGUCGCCAGGGGCCGGCUGCCGGUACACAGGUGGGCAGGGCCAAGCUGUUCAUGGUGGCCGUGAAGCAGGCACUGAGCCAGGCCAGCUUCGACACCUUCACCAGGGCCCUGCAGGACUACAAGGGCUCCGACGACGUGGAGGCUUUGCUGGGCUGCCUUGGCCCACUCUUUGCUGAGGACCCCAAGAAGCACAGCCUGCUCCAAGGCUUCUACCAGUUCGUGCGGCCGCACCACAAGCAGCGGUUUGAGGAGGUCUGCCUGCAGCAGACGGGCCGCGGCUGCGGCUUCUGGCCCGAGCACAGCCUUCCUCAGAGGCAGUGGGCACCAGCAGCCGAGGCCCCCAGUGGAGGGAAGGAGUGGGACUCAAAGCUGACCCUGUCCCAGGGUGCAGCCAGGCAGCUGGACCCCGGACAGCACCUGAACCAAGGCAGACCCCACCUGGUCUCCGGGCCAGCCCCUGCAGGAGACCCCAGCAAUUGUCCCAAGGAGGGGUGCAGAGCCCCCGGCGCAGAGAAGCAAGGCCAGCCUGCUGUGAGCGCCUACUUGGCGGAUGUCCGAAAGGCCCUGGGGUCCGCGGGCUGCAGCGAGCUCCUGGCGGCACUGACCGCCUACAAACAGGACGAUGACUUCGAGAAGGUGGUGGCCGUGGUGGCCGCACUCACAACCUCAAGGCCUGGGGACUUGCCCCUGUUGCAGAGGUUUGGCAUGUUCUUGCGACCCCACCACAAGCGGCGUUUCCGGCAGACGUGCACAGACCUGAUGGGCCCGGCUGCCCGGAGCACAGGUACUGGGCCGCCAGGGCCCCAGGAGGGGAGCCCCACUGUGCCUCCCGACCUCGCGCACGGUGCUUCCAGGCCAGGGCCCCCCCAGCAAGAGACACCCCGGAGGACCCAGAGCAAGCUGUCGGCCUUCCUUACCCGGAGGCAGGCUGGGGAUGGCGGGGCUCCCAGCCAGCCUCCCAGCGCCGCCCGCAGGCACGCCCCGUCCGAGUCGGGUAGGUCUCGGGAGGGGCCACAGGCAGUGGUGGCCGCGGGGUGGACGAGCUGCGGCGCUCACAGCGGCCCCCUCGCAGCAGGCUUGGCGUGCCCUGGCUGCAGGGCAGAGGACACGGUCCCCUUCCAGUGCCCCUCCUGUGACUUCCAGCGCUGCCGGGCCUGCUGGUGCCAGUUCCUCCAGGCUUCUAGAACAUGCCCGGCCUGCCAUGCCCCCGCCAGGAAGCAGAGCAUCACGCAGGUCUUCUGGCCAGAGCCCCAUCGGGGUGGGAAGAUGCGGCACACCCGAGGGGAGCAGAGCCUGGGACAUCCCCACGUCCCAGCACCCCCGCUGCUGGUCCUGGUGCAGGGGGCCGCCCUCCCAGGCCCGAUCCCCGGACUCCGCUCUCAAGCAGGCUGGCGCCAGACGGGGGGAGGGAGAGGGUGCUUCCUGGGGCGUGGCAAGGCCAGCCCAUAUAGGCCACCACCACAGCCCGUCAGAGUGGGGCGGCAGCGGCUGAGGGCGGGGCUGCCGGUGCCUGGGCGCGUCGUCCUGGUGUGUCCCUGCUCCUGGGCACCGCGGAGACCGAGCCGCUGCCCCAGUGAGCGCCAUGUGGACACUGGAGAGGCGGGGCGCACCGCCCCUGACCCGGCCGAGCGCGCUGCCCACCUUGCUGCUGGCUCUGGCGGCGCACACGGCCGCGGCGGCGGGCGCGCUCACCUACCCGUGGCGGGACGCGGAGACUCGGGAGUGGCUGGUGUGCAGCCAGUGCCCCCCAGGCACCUUCGUGCAGCGGCCGUGCGGCCGGGACACCCCCACGAUGUGCGGUGCGUGUCCUCCACGUCACUACACCCAGUUCUGGAACUACCUGGAACGCUGCCGCUACUGCAACGUCAUCUGCGGGGAGCGCGAGGAGGAGGCGCGGCCCUGCGAGGCCACCCACAACCGCGCCUGCCGCUGCCGCCCCGGCUUCUUCGCGCACGCCGGCUUCUGCCUGGAGCACGCCCCUUGCCCACCCGGCACCGGCGUGGCUGUCCCCGGCACCCCCAGCCAGAACACGCAGUGCCAGCCAUGUCCCCCGGGCACCUUCUCGGCCAGCAGCUCCAGCUCCGAGCAGUGCCAGCCCCACCGUAACUGCACGGCUCUGGGCCUGGUCCUCAACGUGCCAGGCUCCUCCUUCCACGAUGCCCUGUGCACGAGCUGCACGGGCUUCCCGCUCAGCACCGUGGCGCCAGGGGAGCCAGGGGCUGAGGAGUGCGAGCGCGCCGUCAUCGACUUCGUGGCUUUCCAGGACAUAUCC